AUAAAAAAAAAUAUAAUUGCCGACGACGAGUGUUUUGUACGCGAAUUAAUUUAAUUAUUAGUAUUUUAUCUAUAAUUCUGAUAUACAUUAGUAGUUUAGAAACUUUCUAUAUUAUUCACGAUCACCAUGGAAGCACUAUAUCAUCAAACAAACCAGUUACUGCAAGAGAUAUCCGAUUUGUUCGUGAAGCUCGAGAAGGAUCCGAUUCACGGAGAAGAUAUUGAAAAUGCAAUACAGGCGAAAAUUAAUGCAGUUAAUGCAAACUGCGAGAAAUUAGACAUAUAUGUUUUUAAAACACCUAUCAAUCAAAGGCCAAUGGCGAAGAUGAGAGUUGACCAGUUAAAAUAUGACAGUAGACAUAUACAGGCUUCACUAAAUAACGCUCAGAACAAAAGACGAAGGAGAGAACAGGAGUUGAGUGAGCGAGAACAGUUGCUUAGCAGGCGGUUUGGACCUGGCAGUGACCACACUGCAAUUACAGUAGACUACUUGGCCCAAGAACAAAACUCUUUGCAGAAUUCCCAUCGGAAUGUUGAUGAAAUGUUACAUACAGGAUCCAAUAUUUUGGACACGUUGAAGUACAACAGGGAGACACUGAAGGGCGCGCACAGGAGGCUCAUCGACUUGGCCAACACCCUCGGACUGUCCAACGCAACCAUCUCCCUUAUAGAACGACGGGUGGCGCAAGACAAAUACGUACUGAUCGGAGGCAUGUUUGUUACCAUCGCUGUUAUAGUACUCGUCAUCAUAUACCUGACGUAGUGUAUCUAUCAUAUUAAAUAUAUGACUUUUAUACACAAAAAUAUACCCAGAAUUUUCAGACAAUAAAAGAAUUGUAUUAAUGAGGUACUUUCCAGGUCACGUUCCUCAAAGACAACACAGAUGGCGUUGUAAAGAUUUUCCUUCCUGCAAAUUUCGUGGAUAACAGACAUAUGCAUCGUGUUUCUUUGUUCAUAAUUGUUUUUGGGUAUAAACGAUGACCCUUUUUAUUACACGCAGGCACAAUUACAUCUUCGACCCAUUAUUAUUCUGAUGAAAAUAAAGAGAAGCAAUAUAGGUAGCAACAUAAUUAUAUACAUAAUCUGAUCCUAAUAUCAAAUACAAAAUUAUUUUUAUAUAUAUGCUUCUGCCAUUGCAUUGUAUUUUUGAAAUGAUGUACCCGGGUAAUGAGGAAAUAGGUAAUUAACACGUUAAAUCUCGACAGAGCCAUCUAUAUUGUGUUUUGGGAACGUAGCUAGGGAAGUCAUAUUAAAAAUCAUAAUAAAUCCUACGCAGAUAGGAAAAGUAACACAACCUGCGAGAGUCAAGUAUUUUAUAUGAAGAUAGUCUACUAUUCUGAUUAUAUUUCACUUGUGAUGGCAUAAUAUUUUAGAUCACAUUUCAUAUAUCCUACUAGUCGUAAUCUUGGCAUCCUUUUUUUCAGAACCUCGGUUAUUAUGUAAAUAUUCUGUUAAUGUACGAUAAGCUGCAAAAGUCCAAUCAGUUUCUUGCAAAGUAAUAAAUUAACUGGUUGCACUUAAGACCUCCUGUCGUUCCUGUAAUAGACCAAAAACACCUACAAAUACAAAAACAUUAAUUUUAUAACAACUAGUUGUUCAUAAUUUCGCCACUGUUUACAAAUAUGACAGUGACUGAACUUUUGCUCUUUGAUUGUACCUAUGUCCGAAAUAGCUAAACCCCAACCAAUGAUUACGCUCUGAUCAACUGUGAUGAACUUUUCAUUGUCAUACGCAAAUUUCAUAAUAAUUAGAUAGGUACUUGUAAAAAGUUUACAACUGUAUAAUAUAAAAGGUUAAUGAUUCUACGAUUUUUUAUGCUACUUUUACGAUUUAGGGACGUUGUUUUGUGACUUAAGGGGUUACGGAGAAUUUUGUAACCCUGUAUGUUUGUUUUUUUACAUCACAAACUUUCAUGAACACUAGUGUAAAAGUUCAGAUGGACUGUAUGUACGGUCACGAGUAAUAUGUAUACACUUUGAAACCAUGUCACAUUAAGUUUUUUGCAAAUUAAUCCGUAAGUCUCAUUAAAUGUGAAAUAUGAUAGUGCGACAGGGUUCUAAAGUGGGUAUAUGAUAUUGCUCAUGACUGUAAUUUUAUCAUUAUGACCCCAUUCUAUGUUUUGGCCUACCCUACACGAGGAAGACUUAGAUAGUAAAACCUACGUUAAGGGAUUUUGACCACAGAAUAAUAACAUUUUUAGAUUAAUCUGACAAUCUAAACAGUCAAAACUAAACCGGAAUGGUGUAGUUCGAUUACUCUGCAAUACGGUAAUGUAAAUUGACGUAAAAUGGUUUGUUGUAAGUUUAGGAAAAUUAUGUUUUCACACACCGAGACGCGUAUCGGCUUCCACAAUACAGGUUAGAUCCUAGUGCGGAUGUGGGCAGCGGUCGGGCGUCCAAUAGUUGUAUUAUGCCUAUUGUACCUACUACUGUGAACAUGCUGUAUUUUAAUUAAAACACAUAAUAACGGGUUCCUACCGCGUUUAAAGCAGGGAUAUGAGACUACCGAUAUUUUGACACUUGCAAGUGCCAUGAUCACGGGAUGACGGGAACCCCGUUAUUAUGUGUUAUAAUUAAGAUAAUAACCGUGUAAACUUUUUUUUACCGCGUAAACUUAAAACAAUGCUGUAUUUUAUUAUUGUACUGCUACUAUAUUGUAUGUUACAUUCCUUCAUUUUAUCAUAUAAUAUAUCACAUCUAGAUAGUGUUAGAAUUUUGUAUUUUUUUUUUUAUUUAUUUAUUUACUCCCAUUGCGUCUUGUUCCUUAUUUAAGUGUGCGAUCCUGUAUAAAAGUGUAUAAAUAAUUUCUCGUUAAGUUACAUAAAUAAAUAAAUUCUAUUGAUAUUUUAUUAAA